AUGCGACAACAAGUGUCGACCUUACUCCUCCAACACAAACGCCAGAUGACGAUUUCUAAAGCAGAAGAUCGAGAACUUCUGAAGAUACGAAAAAGGAAGGAUAUCGUCACCCUGCCCGCCGACAAGGGGCGCUCGACUGUCGUCAUGGAUAAGGCUGAGUACUGCACAAAACUAGGCAACCUCUUGAUGGACAAGGAAGCUUAUGUGCCAUCGACCGUCAGCGAGUUUAAAAAGCUCGUAAACAGCAUAAACAAUACGAUCGGCAAGCUGAGGAAGGCGGGAGCUCUUACGAGAAGGGAGGCGUUGGCUGCAAAAGCCAGUGAUACCGCGAUGGCGCGCUUCUACGGCCUACCAAAGGUCCACAAGCAGGGGGUACCGCUACGCCCCAUCGUCUCCUUACGUGGUACUCCAACCUUUGGGCUGUCAAAGUGGCUGUACCAGCGAAUUUGUUUCCUUACCAAGGAUUCGCAGUGGACAGCGAAAUCGGCUGAAGAGUUCUUGACGCGCAUCAAACAUCUCGAAGUGGAGGCAGAUGAGGUGAUGGUGUCAUUUGACGUGAUCUCAUUAUUCACCUCCAUCCCACCCGCGCUGGCUAUCGACACUAUUGAUGGCUUUCUCCGGGAAAAGCAUGAUGAAACCGACCAACAGCUCAAACGAGCACACAUCAUCGAGCUCCUAGAACUGUGUCUUAAGACCUUCUUUACAUUCAACGGCCAAGUCUACGAGCAAAAGAAGGGGACACCGAUGGGCUCGUCUCUGUCUGGACUAAUUGCCGAAGCAGUUUUGCAGCGACUCGAGCAGCAGGUCUUCAGCUCGUACCCCCCGAAGUUCUGGGCUAGAUACGUCGACGACACGUUCGUUGUAAUCAAGAGGAGCUAG